AUGCGUCUCCCUCACAUCUGUGCCAUUGCCGGCUCGUUGGUAACCACCAGCACGGCUAGCGCCAUCCCCCUAGAACAGUCUCAGCAGCAGCAUGUCCUGCUCAGCCCAAGCCCAGACUCGACAGUGACGGCUCACCGGCCAUUUGAGACUGGAGUCGGCCACUUCAGCGAAUGGUCCCGUGAAACCAAGCGGCACUUUCUCAUUGACUGGCAGGCGGGACGGGCCUCUGAAUGGAUCAUUGUGCAGGGCAACGAGGGCGGUGACCUCGAUUCCAUGACAGCCGCCCUGACAUGGGCGUACCAUUUGCAGCAUGCCACUGCCAACACUUCAGAGCCCAUCAAGGCGAUUGCCCUGUUGCAGACGCCCACCGAUGCCUUGGACCUGCGCCCCGAGAACAAGCUGGCCCUGGACAACUCCCAGAUGAGCUCGGGGCACUCGGAUCUCCUCACGCUGGACGAGCUGCCCGAGGACCCCCAAACGCUGGCCGAUGAUAUCAAGGGUAUCGUCAUUGUUGAUCACGCAGUGCCCCUGAGAAAGUGGAGCAAUGCCAAGAUCAUUAGCAUCUUUGAUCACCACCACGAUAAUGGCGCUGGACCUGAUGCCCAGCCUCGCAUCUUUGAGAAAGUGGCCAGCUGUACCACCAUUGUCGCAAGACAGAUGCUCGACGAGCUGGAGAAGCUGCCCGAAGAGUAUCACAUGCCGCACGAGCUGCUUGAGCUCAUCUUGUCGGCCAUUGCCAUUGACUCUGGCGGUCUGUCCAGUGCUACGGAUGCAGACGUCGAGACAGCCGGCAGGGUCCUGGCUCGAAGCAACUGGCGCGGCAAGAAGCUCGAAAAGAAGAUGCGCAAGCUCGCCGACAAGCUUGGUGACGCCAAGAAGGAUCUUGACCACCUCGGCGUCCGCGACCUCCUGCGCAGAGACUGGAAGGGCGACUUGGUCGACACGCCCUCGCCACGCACCCCUACGGUGAGCCUUGGCUUCUCGUCCAUCCCAUACUCGUUCGACAAUCAAAUCACCAAGACCGAGUUUGGCGAGCUCUUUAGCUGGUUCGCUAUUGAAGCCGCCUGGACUGCGCAAAUGGGUGCCGACAUUAGCAUUGCCUUGAACAAGUACAAGAUCAAGGACAAGCACGGCAAGAAGCGCAAGAUUAGAGAAAUCGUCUUGUGUGUCCGCAACGAUGUGCGCAUUGACGAGGCACAGGCCGACGACCUGUUCCGAACAGUCUCUGAAGCCAUUGAGAACGACAAGACGCUCAACGUCAAGCCGUGGCACCGCGCCGACGAGCUUGGCAGGCGGCAGAUGAUCUGGACGCAUGAGCGUUCGGACGCGGGAAGAAAGGUUAUCCGCCCCAUUGUCGAGGCCGCAGUCAGAGACUGGGAUAUGUAA